AUGAAGUUCUCAACGCUUGUUCUUGGCCUUCUUGCCACUUCCACCAGCGCCCUUAUCAACCAAGGCGCAAAUAUACCCCGGGGAGUUGCAGGUGAUGUGAGCGCAGCGGGACCUCACCACGAGCCUUGCGCAGAGUCUGUUGACAAAUGGCACCCCCCGCACAACGUCAAGACUGAUGGUUCUGGUGAUUUCGGAAAUGGAGAAUGGCAUUGGAUCCGUCCAGCACGCACCACCACAGUCACAAUCUCCCACGUCAAGACCAUUGUCGAUUGCUCGGGCCCUCAUACGACGGGGGUCCAGACUCCGGAGGCCGGCCAUACUGCCUCCGCCACACAAGGUCCCCAAAGUCCUGCUCGAAUCACACUUUCCUCCGUCCACCUUGGGUGGAUGGGAUCGCACGGUGCUUCGCCAACGGUUGCGACCUAUGUGGCAUCACCGAUCCCUACAGCCGUCAACAGCUCCGUUAUACACCAUCCUCAUACUCCGACCACCACGUUCCAACGUGCUCCGCAUGGCUAUAAUGCCACCACAGCAGCGCCCGCAAUCCCGACUAUCAGCAAGGCUCCGCAAGAAACUUCUGGCGGAAUCUCGGGCACGUACAACAUCGGAAUCUUUGCUCUUGUUGGAUUUGCUGCCAUGCUGGUCCUGUAA